AAAAGUAAACGCUUAGUUGUAACGGUCACUCCGCGGAGAAGGCACUGUCCGCAACGGCGGUCUCAGUUUUUGAAUUCAAACUGACCCCAACAGUCGAACAAUUAAAAAAUUCGCGCAUGUCAGAUGAACGGCAUGUCAGCCGGCCCUGCAGCAGGGCGUGUGCCAGCUAGUCGCGUUUCUGGGCUGCACCAGCAACCAGUUACCAGCUGCUUGCAGUGCCGUCGAGCGCCUUCUGCGGGAGCCACAGGAACAAAUGGCUCAAUGCACACGCAUAAUUAUGAAUAUAACACAAGUCUUACGUAAAUAUUGCAGUCGAGUAUAAAAAUAGAAACAACAGGGGAGACAACAAUGCCAUCGGCAAGAACAAACUCAACCACGCAAUUUUUAAAGGCAACACAUCACCUAACAACUAAUCAACAAGAGAGUACCACCCGAUCAGCAUGAUUAUGGCUUCUUUGCGCGUAGUUAACAGAUUAGUUUGCCGGGGCUUUAUUGUACUAACGCUUUUGCUCAUGUUCUUCAACGAAGUGCUCAUAUACUAUAUAGCUAGGUCCAACUGGCAGAAAAUAGAGUGUAAAUUGGAUAAUUGCACCCGCCUGCUGCUCAUUGCAGAUCCACAGAUCUUGGGUACCUCCUAUGAUCGGUCUUAUCAUGGACCUUUGGCGCGAUACGAUUCUGAUAAAUUUUUGCAGAAAUCGUUUGAGCAUGCCGUGUCCUUUACUCAACCACAUAUCAUUGUGUUUCUGGGCGAUCUUCUUGAUGAAGGCAAUAUUGCCACAGCCCAGGAAUACCAACUUUAUGUUAAGCGUUUUAAACGCAUCUUCCAAAACAAAAAGUUCACAAAUCGGGUGCAUGUACCCGGCGAUAAUGAUAUCGGAGGAGAAAACGGCGACUAUAUAUCCAACUCAAAUCUGCGUCGUUUUGAAAACGAGUUUAUGAGUGAAGAUCUUUUUGACUAUGACAAUCAUUUACGGUUCUUUAAGAUCAAUCGCAUGCUGUUGGAUUUUACAAAUCCAGAUCGCGAUCACAAUGCCGAACGCCUGCGUAUAGGUGUAUCCCACGCGCCACUACUCAUUGGCGGUGGUCCAUUACUGCGUGCCAUUAUUAGUGAUUUGGACCCACAUAUAAUUUUUACGGGCCACUGGCACGAAUCACGCAUAUUUAUAUACCCCUCCACAAAAGUCAUUAAUUUUUAUGAAAAUACGGUGAGACAUUUUGAUCUGAAGGGUCUCAAAGAGCAGGACCACAGUUACUUGGAGAUUAUGGUGCCAACAUGCUCAUAUCGCAUGGGAAAAUCGAAAAUUGGCAUGGGAUAUGCGGUUUUGGAGAAUUACGAUCUCAGCUAUACGGUGCUGUGGCUUCCCAAUCGCUUUGUUCUGCUCUUCGUUUAUGUAUUUUGGGGCCUGUUUGUGCUCUGCGGUGCAAUUGUUUACAAAAUGAUGACUCGCUGCCCCUUCCGCGUGGCCAAACGGCAGACGGUUUAUAGCCGCGUCUCCACUAUACCUCAAUUUUAGACUGUAUUCAUUAGAUAUAGCCAUGGCAUUAUUUGUUCUAAGUAGCUGAAAUGUAUCAAAAUGUGUAAGAAAGCAACCAAUAUACAACCGAGUCAUUAAAAAGGUA